AUGGGUCAAGCGUAUUCCAACCUACCACCAGAGUUUGAACAAGCACUCCGGAAGGUGUUACAUUUUAAUUCUGAAACACUACAACAAACAUGUCCAUCAUGGGAGCAACAAGUGGAAGUAAUUCGGGAUAUGAUUCUACCAUUAUAUGAUCAUGCUCAAUUUAAACAUUUUAUUCAAACAAAAAUAGAUGCUCUUGUUCUCAAGCAUUUAGGAUUUAUUUUGUCCUAUUUAAUUAAUAAUGUGUAUAAUGGAGUGAUCAACUCAUCGGAGUCAGAACAUCAUCAUCAUCAGCUUACGGUUCAACAAUCCAUGCUUGUUUUGGAGAUUGAAAAAAUUAUUAUUUGUAUCUAUGAAUUAGCCUCAUACAUGUUAUCAAAUCCAUUUCUCUAUCAAUCACUUGCACUGAAUUUAUUACAAAGCGAAAAAGACAAGCCCCAAGAGAAGGAAUUAGUGUAUAAUUACUAUAUUGAGCCUGCGUUUUACUUUAUUGCGAAUAGUAAAAUUCUAGAAACAGUGCUCAAGUUUUUGAAAGAGUUGAUCAGUGGUGGAGGAAGCAGAGCCAUGUUUCUUUCACCCAGCACUGGUAGCAAUCCCGAAGAGGAUAAAAUCAGCGAACGAAAAAAACAAGAUUUUUUAGGAUCUAUUUUAGAAAUUCAACAACAUUUUUCAUUGAAAUCCAGAGGAUUUGAGCUGUUUUACACAAUUUUGGAAUUCUAUCUACAUGGAGAGAAACCAAAGAAAUCCAAAAAGCUCGCUUUGAAGACUCACUCUUGUCAUGUCAUUUUGAUCACCUUGGACAUUUUGAAAACAAUUUUAGAUCAAGAAAAUUCACAAGUCUCAAAGUACUUUUGUUCCACUUUUGGGCUUCAGAAAGAUACAACUCUUAACGAUAGAAAGAAAUUUUGUCAAACCAUUCUGUUAUUAUGUCAAGUUUAUCCUUUAACUCCAAUUCAUCAAGAAGAACACGAAGUUGAUUUGUUCUUCCUUAUUAGGAUGAAUGCCAUUCAUUUAUUAUUUAUUCUUCUCAACGAGUCGUCUGUGAUAGGAAGACAAAAUAUUUUAGAGUGUAUUAUAAUAUUUGGUGCGUUAUUACACCAACUGAGAGGCUUACUGUUAUCUCCACAACAAGCAUCAGAUCACUCUGCAAAGCAAACUCUGAUUAGUAUGGAAUUUUUGCGAGUGUGUUGCAAUGUUGAUUGUGGAAAGACAUACAUUAAUCCAUGCGAAAUUUUGGUCCACAAUCUUUUACCGUCGCAGCUAGUGAAACAACUUGUUAACCAACAAAAGCAACAAGAUGCGAGUACGCAUGAAGCAAAUAUUUUGUUACGCGAUUCAUCAUCCUACGAUCUGAUAUGGAAUCAACAGAUGAGAGAUGAGCUGUUAAAAGUACUCGACAGUGAAAUUCUACUCACCGAAGAUCGACUUGCUUCCAUCUCUAAUGAUUUGCAAUGGACAUCAGCACUCAAUAUGUCCAAAGAUCUCAAAAUUAGAUACAAGACAAUUUCUAAUGAAAUUGAAGUGAAUGGCAUUUAUAUUGAGAGAGCUAUUGAAUAUGUUUCUUCUCAUCCCGAAGACACUGUAGAAAAUUUGCUCACUUUUGACACUUUUGAGGGUCUCUACGAGAAAAUGUUCUUACUUUCAAAUAUUGAUAAGGAGGACGUGGAAAUGAAGAACAGAAUUUUAGGUUGUCUCUUCAAACUGAAUGAAAUUAUUCGAUUGGGACAACAUAUUCCUCUCACACCAUCUGAUAAGACAGACAAUGAACUAACAAUUUUGAACAGCAAAAAUGCUACCAUGCACCGAAUGAAUUACUUGUCGCUCUUACUCUCUGUGAAGCACUUUAAAGAUGAAUACUUUUAUAAUACGACAUUAUUAAUUUCUUCCAUUCUUUCCAAUAAGAAAAAGAUACACUCGUAUAUGGAAGACCUUGAUAAGGAAGAUACUUUACACAAUUUAAUGUUACAUAUGGCAAGAGAACAACUAGUGGCAUAUCAUGUACAAACAUCAAGCACUACGUAUGCAGAUGUCGAAGCUGUACGACGAAUUUUAUCUCUCCUCUAUAUUUUAGGAGAAUUGUUAAAUCAUAGACCAAGAAGAAUGGUUGAUAUUGUCAAUAACCCACAUUAUGUCAAUGUCCUCGUCAUGAAUUUGAACAUACGUUCGAAUAGACCAGAAAAACUAGAGUUGAUAUGGCAAACCGUUUUUCUGAUUCACACACUCGUUGAAUCUCCUCUCUACAACUCGUCAUCGUUGAGACAAAAUUUACACAAAACAGGAAUUUUUGAAAUCAUGCUCACAAUAAUUACUACCAUGGAAGAGCACAGUACCAAAUGUCUUGCAACCAUCGCCAAGUUCUUGAAGAGUUUUCACAUGAUACCAGUUUCAGAAGCCUGUACUGAAUAUUAUUCGUAUCUCAGAUAUUUCCUACCAAGCCAAUUGCUUAAACUGUUAAACAGUGACAAGGACAAGGAUGUUGAUACAUUUAUUUCUGCUGUUUCAAAGAAAGAUCAUAACUCUCCAUUCCUCUUUUGGAAUUCUAGUCAUAGAGCACUGUUGUGCGAAACUUUGAAAAAUCGAUUCAAAACGUUUGACGAGAAGAGAUUGGGCUUGAGCUCUCAAAUUAUAGAAACACAACAGAUGGAUCCUUUAAGGCUACCAAAAUUGAUAUUUUCUACUUCUCCAUCAACAAGCUAUCUUUACGGCUAUGAAGAACCAACUGUGUUGAAAUAUGUUGACCUUGAAGAAAAAUUAUCCGUACAUGACAUUUUUGUUGAGGGAUUUGUGAACAGUGUGCCUAGCAAUGACGUGGAAACCGAUACACCUAUCCAUGAAAUUGUGGAUCCAGAAAUAUUUCUCUCCAAAUUAAUUGAGGCCCUGGAACAAGAACAAAACAGAAAUAAUGCAAAUUUAAUCGUUCAGGCUCAAACAAAGCUCUAUUAUCAAUUCUCAUUGGGUAAAUUUACACCAAGUCAAUCCUCCUCCAUUCAUUUCUUAAAAUAUCAGGGCUAUUCCAGUUUAUUUAGAAAGUACACCUCAAUGUUGAGUGAGACCCAAGACAUUUCAGAAAUCAUUCAUGCCUUAAAUAUUGUCGUACAUUUAUUAGCUAGCCAAUUGGAGCCAGAACCUGAGAUUUCACACAGAAACAAAUUGCUCUUUAUCACAUCAGGAGGAUUAAAUUUCGUGUCAGUGAAUAUCCUAAAGGAACCUGCUUGUAGAAACAAUGAGCAAUUAAUGAUCAAUUGUCUAAGAGUACUUGACGCCAUUGCUGACGUGUUGAUGCCUGUCGCGUUAGAGGAUGAAGAGCGUAAAUUAGUUCCAACAAGUUUCUUUGACGAUUUUGUUCCAUUGCUAGAACCUCCAUACAUGCACAAGUAUCCAGAAAUAUCCUUGAGAACCAUACAUUGCAUUAGGAAAUAUGCCAAACAUCAACAAAUUGAUUUGGAAACAGCAAAUGCGCCUCCAGUAUCGAACUCUCCUUCAGAAUUACUUAAGGACAACUCAAGAUUAAUUCAAAACAGAUUUAAACUGAUGUUACAAUUGGUACAUCUUGGAUUGCUUUAUCAGCUGCCUGAAAAUGCCAUGAGUGAAUCUAAUAGCGACUCUAUUUCAUUCAUGAAAACGAUUUGUUUGGCAUGUAUUGAAAUUAUACAUCAUUUGCUUUCCUCACAACUGAGUUCAGUAUUUGAAAGAAGUUUGGAGAAAAUUUUAGGAAAGAACAUUGUUACUUGCUUGUUACAAAUCAACAGCAACAACAAUAGAAGGUCGCCAUCCAAUUUGAUUUUACUAUUUCCAGGCGUUCAAACCUUUGAUGAUUUUUAUCAAUUUAUUCGAACUGAUCAUUCCGAUUACUUAUUGGUAUGGAAUAAGGAAAUUCGAGGAGAUUUGCAAUCUCUCAUUCAAGCAUGCAACAACAAUGACAAUGAGAUGGUGAAUCAAUGGAUUCAAAGCUUUUCACCCAAUACUUUGAAACUUGAAGGUAUUUUGCCGUUAUUGAACCCACCGAUUGAUAUUUACACAGAACGUCUUUACAGAGCAUUCAAAGAUAGCAAUAUAAGCAGUCUUAGUGAAUUUUUCGAGCACAUGAAUGAAACCAUUGUGAACUCCACGACCUUUGUGCAAAGUUUAGUUUCUAGUUUACAUGCACUUUUGGUGGAAGAGUACAAACAAAAAUCUGUCAUGAAGGAUCGCUUGAGACCUCUUUCCAUCCAAAUUCGACUUUUGCAUCUCGUUAUUUGUAGUGAAGAUUCAACAGAUCCAACAGCAGAAACACAAGAACAACAAUUAAUAUUCCUCAACGAGUCUUAUCAGCAAAUUGUGGUUCAUUUGUAUCACUUGUUGGUUGGAUAUCUUGACACUCUCUCCGAACAAGAAGCUUACAUUUUGGAUGCUCUCGACCAAAUAUAUCAAAUUCUUUCGAGAAUAUCGAAAUUCUAUACGAAAUUUUAUACCAAGAUUGGCUCACAAAAAACAAGAGAUUUCUACAAAUUGCUGUUGGGAUGUUUACACAAAUAUCUUGUGUAUGCACUCUAUGCCAAACAAACUCUACCAAGACAAGAGGUUCUAUUAUUGAAUAUUAUGGAUAGUAUGGCUCAUUUCUUCAAGACUCAACUGGAUGCGAACGAACGAUCUACUUUCUGUGUGAACAAUGGCUUAUUUGCAACAGUUCUAUACGGCUCUGUUGUGGGAGGAAAAUUUGACAAAAUGGCCGUACGAAAGAAGGCAACUCAGUUGAUCUCCCUCUUUGUGAAAUUAUCCAUUGAAUCGAUCCAUCCACUAUUGAAACAAGCAUUAUUCCCACUCUCUCAUACAUUCCUUCAGCAAGGAGAUGUGGAAGGAUUCAUCACCUAUUUUGAUGAGGAUCAUGUCAAUCCAGAGGUUAUUUGGAAUGCAAAAUCAAGAGAAUUACUUUCUACAUAUUUGGAUGAACAUUUGAAACAAGUGUUCAAUCACUUUUUUGUUACGAAACGAUUGGAGGAUUAUUCAUUUGAUGUACAAUCAUUUACUAACACGUUUAUACUCGAGAGUGAAUAUGGUUACAAGAUUGGUCCAGUAUAUUUGAACAAGUAUAACGAAACUCCUUCCUAUAACUUUACAACGAUCACCAAUCAACAAUUUUUGGAAUUAAUUAUUGAAAGACUUUCUACUUUAUGUGCCAAAUUUGAAGAGACAAAAGUGAAUAACACAGAUGAAAGAAAAACUAUUUGGAGAACAGCAUUCAACUUUAUACAAAAUCAAUCACUAUACUCUGACAAAUCUUUAGAGAACACUACAAGUCAAAUUCCUUCAAAUGUUGAGCAACAACUUUUACUUUUAUUAGAGCUAUUCUGUAGAGAGAUUAUUUAUAUUACUCAAUCAGAGGAGAAGCAAGAUCUAUUUGUCAUCAACUUGCUCUGUUUCUUGAGUUCCUUCGUGAAAAAGUAUUCCCAUACUUUUUGUCAAUUUUUGAAUAAUUUUUCUGACUUCUCCACCAUCUUGUUAAAUGUUGGCAAUCAGUACAGAAAUAUUUUGAGAUCUGUCUUGCAAAUACUUUUAGAUCUAACAUCCAUGUUAAUUUCCUCCACCUCAACAACAACAACAACUACACAAGACCCAUCCACUGCUGCAACACUUACAGCCUCAACCACAACGACACCAACACAAAUAUCAACUCCAUUAUUUGAGUCUUUGAUGGAUCAACUUGGGUCUGAACUGAACCUGGCUUACAUUUUAGUAUUCAUUGUGAACAAAAUUCAACCUGCCCAGUGUGCUGAAUUUUUAUUGAACUUUUCCAAAGUAGACACUCACUUGACUCAAUUCCUCACUGAAACGUAUGGCAUUCCUCAAACAUUUUUCAAUUCUACUCCUGAAGGACUUGUGGAAAGUAUUCAUUCUGUGAAUAAUAAUGAAGGUUCUGAAUGGACAGAAGAACAGUUUCAAAAUCUUUGUACCAAAUGUCAACAAAUGGUUUCAGAAUUUGAACAACAACAAGUUGUGUAG